GAUUUAACAAAGGCAGUAAGCUCAGUAACUUUAGCUUAUGACAAUAUGUGCCACGUGGACAGUCUAAAAAUCUCGAAGAAGGAACUACCAUUUCCAGCGCCGCUUACCCUUGCGAAAUGGAAUUGAGAAUUCCUAGGAAUUCCUAGGAUUUUCCUAAGAAUUCCUAAGAAUUUAUUCUUAGGAAUUCUUAGGAAUUCUUAAGAAUUCCUAGGAAUCAAGGUGUGAAAUUUCACGGUAAUUGGAACAUGGAAUUCCUAAGAAUUCCUAGGAAUUCCAAGCUUUGCUUACCCAUCAGUUGGCUUGGAAAAUAUUCCUAGGAAUUCUUAGGAAUUCCUAGGAAUUGAAAGAAUAUAAACAGAAUGAUUACUUCUUAGGAAUUCCUAGGAAUUCCUUGGAAUAGCUUGGAAUAGCUAGGUCAAUAGGGAUGUAACAAAUCGACCUGCUGCCGGAAUUAAGGGAUAUUCGAAUCAAAAACUGAUUUGCAUUUAAACCCUUAUGUUAAGGAAGUUAAUACUAGAAGUUGCUAUUUUGCUCUCCGAACCAGAAACCCAUAAGGCAAAUGUACAAAAACUGAAGCAAUGUUUAUUCCAACAAUAACUGAAAAAUAGUUCUCCAUGUUAACAAAAAAUACUUCUUCUGCUUUAACUUGACUUAAACAUUUCACUGCACUGAUCGUUUAAAUGUUCCAAAAAUUACAACAGUGACCUCAAAAAAAUCAAAUUUAAGACAAUGACUUUUUGUGAAGUAGGAAUCAAAUAAUUCAGUAUAAUGACUGUAGUCCUUAUAUGUAUAUGUAAUAGCAUGAUUAGUAGUGAUAUUUGGCAUAAAUACCACGAGUGAUAUUUUGAAAUUGUUAUACGUAAUUUCACGAGCCAUUAGGCGAGUGAAAUUUGAGACAAUUUUGAAAUAUCACGACAAAUCAUGCUAUUAUUUGUUUAUACUACUACCCGUAAAAGGUUUGUAAUUUUCACAUGUAGGUAUUUCAAAUUAAGCUGAAAUACCACUUCUCUCAGCCAAUCAAAUUGUAGAAAUUUCUCAUGUAGUAGUAUAAACAUAUGAAUAAACUUAGAUAUAGAUAUACUUACACAUAGAUAUACAUGUAGUCUAAAGUAAACUAUCGCUAUAGUCAUGAUUGAAAAAAUGUAAAACAUAACCUGUUCAGGUGGAAUCUCUAGAUAGUGAGAUAAUGUAAAGUAACAUAUACCUAGUCAUGAUUGAAAAAAAAAUAUAAAAACAUACCCUGUUGGUGGAAUCUACAGAUAGUGUUUGUUUUUAAUCCAAAUGACAACAUCAGCUGAACAUUCUCUUUUUUGUAAUUUAUUUUACCCAACAUACACAUCACCACAUUCCACACACAUGCAUGUAAAUAAACAUCUUCGAAUAAUUAAUACAGUGCAUGAAUAUGAAAAAAAGCUAAAUGACUGCUUUUUCCAAUGUCGCCGAUGCAGCCUUCUGAACUGAAGGUCCACACAUCAGGCAAGUGCUAGUGCUAGUUGUUUUUUACCUUAAUAUUGCGGCGAUUAUUAAGAUUACAUGUACCAGAAGCAUUUAAUAUAAAACCUUAUGCAACCUAUACUAUGAAUUAAAGUUCAAAUGAACAAACCUACCAGCUGUAUUCUAAUAUUCUAUAUGUAAGUUCAAGUCUCAAGUCCUUAUAAAUUAACUGGAAAUUUCAUUGCUUCUAACUUGUAUAAGUAGCCAUUGGAAACUUAUACUUAUUAUGCUAUUUCUUCUCCUAUUUUAUCUAACAUUGGUCUUGACAAGUCGGCUAUAACCUUGUAGCGCCAGAACAUACAGUUUUCAGAGUAUUCCACUGACUAUUUGCAACAAAGAGUACAGUUCUUUCGAUCUGCAGUAAACAAAAAGCAGCAAAAAGGGAUCUGAUCAAUGGCAUAAAUUAUCUUCACAUGCAUCUUUGAACUUUGUAAGCUUAUUUACGCAAAGUUAUUAGAAAACAUACCUUUCCACAUUAAUCCAGCUGAGUAAACUCACUUGCAAACAUGCUUUAUGUGAACACAAACUUCGCAAUUGAUCAAUUUGUCUCGAAAAUAACAUGGAUAAAAGAAAGACAGUCUUACGAAAAUACUUUGUUGCUUGUGAAGUCCGCGUGAAUUUGAACUAUUCAACGGAAGUUCAUUUGGCACUUUUCUAUUGGUUCAAAAGUCGCACGUGACAAAGUAAAUCAAAACGCGCAUGUGGCAAAGGCACGCGUGGAAGCCUGGGAAACAAGAAAACAUGGCGGCUAAUCUUGCGAGGUCCAUCUUGCGAAGUGCUCCCGUUUGGGUCGAAAUAGCAGUUAUUUUCAACGUCAAUUAAGAUGAAGCAACGCAUUUGAAGUGUUAAAAGCAAGAAGUAAACUUAACGUUGUUCUUUUAAGUUGGGAAAGAAUGUUGGACCACAUUAUCAAUCAAAGAACUGCGACGAAAAACGUGUUGUUCCGGGCUUUUGACUGCACUCCUGAUGCAAGGGUUGAAGGGAAUCAAGACAGCCCAUGUCUUGUGCGUUUGCCUAUUUUCCGUGGAGUAUGUGGAUAAACAACGUACAUUUCAGACUGGAAAUGCACUUCAUAUUUUUAAAAACGAGACUUCUCAUUUCAGACAACAUUUUGCACUGAAAGUGUACUGGACAUGUAACAGCUUUAAAUAUUUAUUGCUGUAAUAUGCUGUAAUAAUGUAAUUUAGAUACGUUAAAUUGUUAUCUUAAUUUAAAUACUGGUUGGAGGUUUGUGAACAGCAUUCGCCACAUGUCAGCAUUACCAGAUUUAAGGUAACAUUGAGUUGAAUAUAAGAAUGUAAGUAUAGAAGUAUACAUUACCAGUAUGUUCUGUAUUAUAAGUUUAGAAUUGUUUCAGUGCAAUCACUUAAAAUUAAAAUGUGAAAAAAUAAGAAAAGACUACAAAAUCUUCUACAAUUUUUAAAGUCUUUCUGAUUUUUAAACAUCCCUGAGCUGAAUUCCUAAUUUGCAUAACUUAGAAUUCCUAGGAAUUCCCAGGAAUUCCAAGCCCAGUUGGCCUGAAUUUUUCUAUUCCCAGAAAUUCUCAACAAUUCUUAAGCUUCUAAAAUUGUAACCCUUAGAAUUCCUAGGAAUUCCUAGGAAUUCCAAGCCUAGAGUGAGACCUAAUUUGCCAUUCCCAAAAAUUCUCAAGAAUUCCAAGCUUAUUUGAUGAAGGCUGAUUUGCAUAGUUGGGAAUUUUUGGGAAUUCCUAGGAAUUCCCAGAAAGCUGGGAAUUCAUUUCGCAAGGGUUAAAUAAAGCGUGGAGUAAUAUUGGCAAGGUCAUUGAUCGCUUGCAUCUCAGAAAUCAUAAAGAUUCAAGAUGUAAGCGUCUUUACAACCCAGAUAAUAAGAUUCCUGCACAGUUCAACACUAUGGCUGGAGAGCAAACUUUCGUUUGGGCAAGUCGUUUGAAGAAGAUUGUAUGUGCCAUGACAAGGUUACAUCAAUUUUUCUUCCUACAUCGUGCUGUCAAACGAAGGAAUCGGUAUACUGAAUUAUGUUAUUCUAAAGGAAAGGUGCCUGUUUUGCCAAAAGUAAAAGCUUAUUGA